UCAAUAUGGCCGCAAAGUUCUAAAAAGUUCUGUUAAAAGUUUUCAUAGCUCUAUUUUGGUGUUUUACAGUAAAAUCAAUUCAUGGUGAUGCUUCACUCCUCUAUUCUCUAAGUGCUUGAUCAAGUGCAAGCUUUGGACCAUGAUUGACGUUCUGAUAUCAUGGGUAACUACAAAUCAAGGCCAACAAUCUCAUGUGCAGAUGAGUUGAAAAAUAAGAUAAGUGAAAGCUAUGCUGUAUUGCGGUCCAAACUCAUAGAAGAUUUACGGACAAGAGAUGUAGAAUGGACUGAUUUCCAACAAGCUUGUAGCCGUAGUGAUGUCCUGAAGGUUGUAGAGCUUGCAAGUAGUGAUAAUGUAAAUGAUAAAGAUCAUGCUGGGCUAACUCCUCUGCAUCUUUGCUGCAUAACUGGAGGAUCUAAAGAUCAUGUAAGAUGUUUACUACAGAAAGGUGGGGAUGCCAAUACCCUUAGUCGCAAUGGCUUCUCUCCUUUGCACAUUGCUUGUUAUAAGGGUGAUGUAGAGUUAAUUUGUGCCUUGCUUGAUGGAGGUGGCAAUGUGCAACAUUUUGGUUACCAUGAAGUAGCAGGUCUUCAUAUAGCCUCUAUGUGUGGGCAUGAAGAGGGUGUUGAGCUGCUCAUCUCUAGACAAUCAGAUGUUAAUAGCCAAGAUGUAGUCAAGUUCUCUCCACUUCAUAUUGCAUGCUACUUUGGCCAUGAAAAGGUUGUGGAGACAUUGAUUAAAGAUGGUGCUGAGAUAGACCUGGCAGGCAGCGUCGAUGACAAACCCCUACAUCUGUCUGCCUCUAAAGGUUACCUGAAGAUAACUCAAUUACUUGUGGAAGGGAUAGGUGACAAUAGAGCAGAUGUGAACUGUGUUGAUAAGGAGCAGCAUACACCUUUACACUUUGCUUGUAAGGGAGGCUACUUGGCAAUAAUAACCUACCUCCUACAACAUGAUGCAGACCAUAGACUCACUAAUAUAUAUGGGGACACUCCAUUGCAUUUAGCAUGUUACCAUGGUAAACUGGAGGCUGUGAAGACACUCAUCUCCCAGACUGGAGACACGUGUUUAAAUAUGGAAAACAUAUUCAGCGAAACACCGCUACAUAGUGCUUGUACAUAUGGACGAAGUGUGGAUCUAGUCAAAUACCUUUUGGAACAGGAUGCAGUGGAUAUGAACUAUCAGGGAAUGGAUGGGCACACAGCAUUACACAGUGCCUGUUACCAUGGUCACUCAUGGAUAGUUCAGCUGCUUUUGGACCAUGGAGUGGACAUGAAUCUUAUCGCACUUUCCAGUGACCAAAAUGGUGGCUCGGAAAAGAAGGAAGAGCAAACCUGUCUCAUGUGGGCAUAUGAACGAGGUCAUGAUGCCAUAGUAACACUGCUGAAGCACUAUAAGAGACCGCAGGAUGAGAGUGCAUGUGGGGACUACUCACAACCAGGGAGUGAGGGCUCAUAUGUAUCGGUGCCAUCACCCCUAGGAAAACUACGCAGUAUGACAAGGGAGAAAAUAGACGUUCUUCACCUUCGUGCCAAUAUCCCACACAAUCUGCAAGUGUUGUUUACAGACAUUGAGCUCAUGGAACCUAUUGGCAGUGGCUCAUUUGGCUGUGUGCAUAAAGGAAAAUUCAGGGGGAAAAUUUGUGCUGUAAAAAGAUAUCGUGCCAGUACAUUUGGUGCCAAGUCAGAUGUUGAUAUGUUCUGUAGAGAAGUCUCAAUUCUGUCCCAGUUACAUAGUUCAUAUGUGAUCAAGUUUGUAGCGGCUGUACUUGAUGACCCUAGUCAAUUUGCCAUCAUUACUGAGUUUGUCUCUGGUGGCUCCCUCUUCAGUAUACUACAUGAGCAGAAAAGGCUCAUUGAUUUGCAUUCCAAGCUGACUAUAUCACUAGAUGUUGCCAAAGGAAUGGACUACUUACACACCCUACCACAGCCGAUUAUACACAGAGACCUUAACAGUCAUAAUAUUUUACUCACAGAGAAUGGCCAUGCUGUAGUGGCAGACUUUGGAGAGUCCAGAUUUCUUAGCUCAAGAGAAGGAAUGGUCCAAGAUGACAAUAUGACCAAACAACCUGGGAAUUUGCGUUGGAUGGCUCCUGAGAUUUUUACACAGUGUACCAAAUAUAGUAUCAAGGCUGAUAUGUUUAGCUAUGCCUUAUGUAUCUGGGAACUUCUAGCAGGAGAGCUGCCAUUUGCUCAUCUCAAGCCAGCGGCAGCAGCGGCAGAGAUGGCAUAUAGGAACACCAGACCUCCUAUAGCAAUAACCUUUCCUAAACCAAUCAUAAGCCUGUUGCAGAAAGCUUGGCAUGCAAAUCCAGAGGACCGUCCAGAGUUUAGUAGCAGUAUCCCUAUAUUGGAGAUGUGUAAGGAAUCUCAAGCUGUGGCAAUGCUUAGUAAUUCAGCACAGAUGGAGACGUUUACAAUAAGUACUUCCCAUUGUGCACCAGAGGAGGAUGAAGAAGAGGAUGAUGGGAGAUCCACACCUCCUUUGGCAGGACACGUGUCUGCCAUGCGUACACGUUGGGAGCUAGAAGCUUCGAAGAACAGUGGGGUUCCGGUUGAUGAGUUGAGACGAAGGAUCCCUUACUUACAGCUAGACAAAAAUGGCUAUGUAUCGGACCCCUUAAGCACACUACGAAUGCCUUUAAUGCCGAGUGGAUCCAUACCAGAACCACCUCCACUACCUUCAUCACCAACAUCUUUGAAUCUUGCAGUGUCAGAAUUACUUCAGGAAAAGACAAAAUUCCCGGAGGAGAAAUGAGACCUCUUAUGGGAGAAGUGCAAUAUUGAACAAUAGAAACAUCACUUAUACUCCUAUACAUGUAAAUGGAAUCUCUGUUUUAUAGCUCAUGAAGUCUUGGGCUGUUGUAUGGGCAGCGAUUGGCAGCAACGAGACAAGAAAACCUCAUCCAUUUAAGAUUUAACACAAAUUUCUUGAAAAUACAAGAGUAAAUCUGUUGUACAGUCAUCUUGAAUUUUCUAGAUAUUUCUCAAUACAUCUUAAAAUCAUAAAACUUUAGAUACUUUUGAUCGUUCAGAAUUGUAUAGCUUUUAGAGGGCAUCAAAUACUAAAGUUGGGUAACUUUUUACCUUGUUUAUCUUGACUAAUAUCGCAAUUUCUUGACAUCUUGAAACUAUUAAAGGAUUCAUUUCAAAUUGAUUGAGGAUACUUUGCACAAAGGUAUUUAGACCUGAUUACAAGACGUGGGGUCGUGCUGCAAAUUCUACUCCUCAACUGCGAUAUUUAUACGAAUUAUCACCAUAUAUUGGCUCACAUUUUUUACUUGAUAUUUUAUAAUUUAUGUAAUUGUAGAGUUUUGCUACUUUGUGCAAUAAUGUUUGAUUAAUAAAACAAAAAAUAUUGAUAAUGAAUGUUCAAAAAGGCUGUUGGGUUUCACUUUUACUUGCUAGGGAUUCAACAAUUUAUUGUACAAUAAUUCAGUUAUUGUAACUUAGGGUAUAUUGUAUAAUUUUGCUGUAUAAUAUUGCAGAAACAAAUUAAACUGGAG